AUGUUUGACUCAAUUGAAAAGAUAUCUGAAAAAAGGGUAAUAGAUUUGAAAAAGGCACCAGCAGCAGCAGCAGCAGCAGCAGCAGCAGCAGCAGCAGCAGGGCCAGCAGCAGCAGCAGCAGCGGCGGCGGGGGAGGAGAGCAGCAGCAAGCAGCAGCAAGCAGCAGCAAAACAGCAGCUGCUGCUCUUGUGUCUUUUGAAGGCCCUCGUUAGCACAGAAUUUCCUGCUGCUGCUGCUGCUGCUGCUGCUGCUGCUGCUGCUGCAGCGCAGCGGCUGGGCAUUGUGCCUGCUCUCUUGGUGCCCACAGACUGCUGCGGAGACCCGAGUGUGGCUCUUGCUGCUGUUGCUGCAGCAGCAGGAUUUGCUGCAGCAGCAAAAUGGAUUUUAAAAAGAAAAAAUAAAUUCGAAGAACUUUCCCUUCUUCUCGAAAGAGAAGGAAAUGUAGACGAGGCCCUCAAAGUUGCUGCUAGCAACUGCUGCUUCUUGACGGUCCGGCAAAUCUGCAGCCGCAGCGCAGCAGCAGCAGCAGCAGCAGCAGCAGCAGCAGCAGCAGCACCAGCAGCAGCAGCAGCAGCAGCAGCAGACAAUGCAUGCAUUGGGCCAGGAGAAGAAAAGAAAAAAGAAAAGAAAAUAAAAAAAGAAAUUCUUUUGGAAGAUAAUUCUGUUCUUGAAAUUGCAAAAGAAUUGAACUGCGCUAAUGAGAUUGUCGAAAUGUACAAAAGCAAAAAACUCUACGCUUGGUAUGGCGCUAUGUUAGAAGAGGAAGCACAAAGAGAAAUAAAGGAAAAUGCGACAAAAAAGAAAAGCAGCAGCAGCAGCAGCAGCAGCAGCAGCAGCAGCAGCAGCAGCAGCAGCAGCAGCAGCAGCAGCAGCAGCAAGAUGGCCAGAGCCAUAGAGAUGUACAAGAAGGGCUGCUGCUGGGCAGCAGCAGCAAAGUUGCUGCUGCAGCAGGACGAUGCUGCAGCAGCAGCAGCUUUGGUCAGCAGCAGCAAAAGCAAAGCUGCUGCUGCUGCUGUUGCUUUUUAUUUAAAAGAAAAAAAGAAAAUAAAAGAAGCAGCAAAAGUGCUGCUGCAGGCCAGGUGUAUGUACACCGCAAUCCGAUUGUGCGAAGAGACAAACGACGAAGAAAUCGAAAGCAUGAUUGCUGCUGCUGCACUAGCAGCAGCAAAAACUGACGCAGCAGCAGCAGCAGCAGCAGCAGCAGCAGCACAGCUCUGCGUGCGCGCUAUAGACUUGUGCAUUUCUGCAUCUCUUCCUGUACCCUCCGAAUUAAUUGAUCUUUUAAUUCAACAAAUUCUGCAAACUAAAAAUCAACAACUCCAAACCCUAGAGGGCCCCCCAGGGGCCCCCCAGGGGGGCCCCUCUCCAGGGGGCCCCCUAGGGGCCCCCCAGGGGGGCCCCUCUCCAGGGGGCCCCCUAGGGGCCCCCCAGGGGGGCCCCUCUUCAGGGGGCCCCCCAGCUGGGGGGGCCUUAGGGGGGCCCCCAGGAGGGGCCCCCGGACAGGGGGCCCCCCUGGGGGGCCCCCCGGGAGGGGCCCCCUGGACGGGUGGGGGGCCCCCCGGGAUUUGCUGCGAGGAGGGGCCCCCGCUUGAAGAGCUGCUGGGGGGUGUUCGUCGUUUGAGUUUGCUGCUGCAGCAGCAGCAGCAAUUUGCUGCUGCUGCUGCGCUGCUGGCAAAUGUGGGGCUGCGCAGCGAAGCUUUCGAAAGUUUAAUUAUUUCCAAAGACAUAACAGCAAUUGUGCACUUCGCAGCUUUGGCUCGGCAGCAGCAAAUCUAUGAAAAGGCAGCAAACUUUCUGUUUUCGUAUUUGACGGAGGAGAAAUCUGUCACCUUUGCUGCUGCUGCUGCACCAGCAGCAGCAGCAGAAGCAGCAGCAGCAGCAGCACCGGGAACUGCUGCUGCUGCUGAUGCUGCAGUCGCAGCAACUGGCCCUUUAAGCGCUGCAACGACGGAGCAGCAGCAGCAGCAGCAACUGCAGCAGCAGCAGCAGCAGCAGCAGCAGCCGCAGCAGCUGCAGCUGCAGCAGCAGCUGGAAUUCGCAAAAGCUGCUGUUGAGUUUGCAGGGCGGGCUGGAAUGAGCAGCAGCGCUUUUUCCUUUAUAGAAAAGAUGGUAAAGGUAAAUUAA